AUGUCGUAUGGGGAGCGUUACGACCUUUAUGACCGCCGUCGGUCCUCCGACGUUUACUCUAGACGAGACUUCGCCCCGCAUAGAGACGGCAAAGGUGCCGCGCAGCGCCCUAGAAAUGCUUCUGACCAGCGCCCGAGAGACCAGCUCGACGGAGGAAGCCAUGAUAGGCCACGACCUAAUCUCCCACCAAAAUCCAAAUCCCAUGGAACCAGCAGCGCCUCAUCGAGCCCGGGCCCUUCGCGAGCUUCUGUCUCAGAGCAUGAGUUAAGCCCGAUGUAUAAACCCAUCGUUGAUAUCUUGUGGAAGGCUAUGGGUUUUUUGGACAAGUUCAUCCGAGCUAAACAGGACCGUGCCCACAUAAAGUCGAUCGUGAAGAAAAAGAAGGCCGAACUAGACCGCGCGCGCCAGACGGAGUUUGCCUCUGUAUCCGAGAUGUGUGCAAAGUCUUUGGCGACUGCACAAGAGAAUCUUACCCAAGUCGAAAUCCACAUCAAAUCCUAUGAACAGGAGCUCACUAAGCUCUUUGAGAGCCUGGCUCGCCGGGUCACACAACAGGAUGACUCCUCCUAUGCUCCUACAUGCAAAGAGCCUGGAGAAAUCGGGCCGCCAUCGCCGUUGGAUGUAGGACUUCAGAAGCUCGAUGCUCAGAUGAAGGCCCAUAAAAUCGACAUCAGCUCCCUCAAGAACCUCAAGACCGACUUUGAGGCACAUAAGGUGGACAUCAGCACACUUAAAACCGAUAUUGAACACCUCAAGAGCAAGGACCUGGACACCGAGGCUGCAGGGCACGUUAGCGGAGCCGAGGAGAAAGGCCCAGGGGCGACAGAGGAAAUCUCAACACUGAAAGCGGAACUCGAGUCUGUCCAAAAGGAGAAUGUGGCCAAGUCGGCAACGAUCGACCAACUUAUGGAGACGGUCAAUAAGUUGGUCGGUGAGGUCAAGCAGCAAGGCGAGCAGCUUCAGGCCUUGAGGAGCGCAACGGACAAGCACGAAACGAGACUGGAUGAGGUGGAUACAACUCUGCACUCGCAUGACGAAUUGAUCUCGGAGGUUGAUGUCGAUAACCUUAAAUCAACCGCGGACUUUUUUGCCUUCGAGAAACCUACAUUGGAAGCAAGCAUCAAGGCGCAGCAAGUGGCUCUGGAUACGGCCAAGAGACUGGCAUCAGAAGCCAACAGCAAAGCCGAAAAGCUACACCAUGCUCAGGAUAGCAUCAUUCAGACCUUUGGUGGUUUCGUGGAUGUGUUGCGGCAGCGCACGACAUCGCUCGAGGAGGACAUGGAGACAGUCAAGUCCAUGGCACAGAACCCACCCGUGACUACAAGCCCGGCGGCCGAUGCAAUCUCCUUGGAACAGAUCCAGGCUCAGGUGGAUAGGACGGGAGGUCGCAUCGACCAACAGCGCGCGGACCUUGAUGCAUGCUUGGAAGCUCUGAAGAAGGAAGUAGAGGACCUGAGAGCCUCACACAACAAGGAGGAUGCUAGGCUCGGCUCCGAGGUGGAAAAGGCUAUCAAGCCGCUGAGGCAACAUUUUGAUGCCAGGUGCGAUAGUAUCGGUCUCAUGGUGGAAACUCUGGACAUGAGAGUCAACAACAUGACUACCAAAGAGCUCUUCCAGCACAUUGCCGGUCACAUGGAGCAGCUUUACCCGGAUCAACGCCAGAUCCAAGUCAGCCUGGCACAAGCCAUCAGCAAGUUGGAGGAGCUAGAGUCAAAGCUGGAAACGGCAAGUCGGGACCUAGCGUCCUCGCGGGACGAGGUCAGCCUGCUUCGCGAAUCAAAUCACAGUCUGUACCGACUUGUGAAGCAAAACGGCGACGAGAUGAUCAAGACAGGUCGCAAGUACGAGAGCACGGCGAAGGAGGCGCUCAAGAAACGCAAGUUGGAGCAUAUCAAUGGAAUUGAUAGGGCCAAUGGGCAUGGUGGGCGGAGUCCAUCAGCGUCGGUGAGCAUUUCCCCGAAUUAG